CACCCACUUUGGAAAUGACGUGGGAAUUGGCAAUUCGUGCCGCAGUUGGCGUCGUCGUGAGUGCCUUGGCGGCGUACCGCGGCCUCAAGAAGCGCUCGCUCACUCGAGGCGGUGCGUUCUCCGCGAUUAUUGUCGGCACUGUGUCCAUGACGUGCGGCUACCGCUUCGGCAUCCUCCUCCUCGCGUUCUACUUUUCGAGCACCAAGCUGACACAUUACCAAGAAGACCGAAAGGCGACGCUAGACGCGAGCGUGAAAGCCGGCGGCCAACGAUCAGCCAUCCAAGUCCUCGCGGUGAGUCUCAUUGCAACAUUCCUAGCAGGGGUGUAUGCAUUUUACGUGGGUGAAGAUCGCCCGCUCGACUCGGUGUCGUACCCACUGGCCACCAUGUUGUGGGGUGCGUAUAUCGCGCAUUACGCUUGCUGUGCUGCCGACACGUGGGCGUCUGAGCUCGGUGUGUUGAGUGCAUCGUCUCCGAUUUUGAUCACGCGAUGCCGCACCGUGCCUCCUGGAACGAACGGCGGCAUUUCGCUCCUCGGUUCAAUCGCGGCGGCCGCUGGCGGCACAUUUAUCGGUCUGCUCUUUUACCUGUACCACGUGUUCUUCUUCGUCCUGGCGUCGUCUGCAGAUUCCGUGGUAUGGCCUCAGCAAUGGCCCAUCGUCCUCUUCGGUCUUGCCAGCGGCGUCAUCGGGUGUAUGCUCGACUCGAUUCUCGGUGCCACCCUCCAAAGCACCUACUAUUGCACGCGCACGAACCGCGUGGUGCUGUGGCCGCAGGUCCCGACGUUCGACGUGAUUCACAUCAGUGGUUAUGACAUCCUGACCAACGAACAAGUGAACGUUGUGAGUGUUGCGCUGACCACGAUUCUUGGAGCGCUGGCGGCGCCGUAUGUCUUCUAGCUUUUCCUUCAUCCUAUAUCGAAUAUCAUUGAUCAUGGCGCCAGCAAUUCCA